GGCGGGCUGCGGCGAGAAGUGCUUCCGGGUCGGAGCGAGGUGACCCGGGCAGCGGCGGCCGCGGCAACCAUGGGGGCGCACCUGGCCCGGCGCUACCUGGGCGAUGGGUCCGGGGAGCCCGACCCCCUGCGGAUGCCCACGUUCCCCCCGGACUACGGCUUCCCGGACCGCAAGGAACGCGAGAUGGUGGCCACGCAGCAGGAGAUGAACGACGCGCAGCUGGUGCUGCAGCAGCGGGACUACUGCGCGCACUACCUCAUCAAGCUGCUCAAGUGCAAGCGCGACUCCUUCCCCAACUUCCUGGCCUGCAAGCACGAGCAGCACGACUGGGACUACUGCGAGCACCUUGACUACGUGAAGCGCAUGAAGGAGUUCGAACGGGAGCGGCGGCUGCUGCAGCGCAAGAAGCGACGGGAGAAGCGAGAGGCCGAGCUGGCGGCGGGCACGGGGCACGGCGAGGUGGGCCCUGAGGUGGCCCUGUAGAGGCCCCGCAGUGCGCCCCCAUUCAUGGGCAAAUAAAGGCCUGCGGGCAUGGCUAGACCUAGCCUCGAA